UGCCUUCCCCGCAAUGAAAUAGACGGCUCCACUCCCUGCCAUCAAUGAUGCAUGACGUGGUCCGGGGCUUCGUGCAAGCUUCAAUCAAGGGCAUGGCAACCGAUAAAUAGAUCGGGGGCGCAGCCCUACUAAGGAUCAUUUGCGACCACCUGACCACGCUUCUCCUUGUUCAUCAUGGCUCGUCUUCCACUCCUCUUCGCCUGCAUUUCGCUGGCCCUGGCAUCUCUCACGGUGGUCGAUCCCAGCGACUAUGCCGAUCUGGCCGCAGAUGCCUUUGACAACGCCUUGGAAGUGGACUACACCACCAACAACGGCGGCCCAUCAUAUCUCCUCUACAAUGUGACGGGCCCCCACUACUAUGCCGACGAGGAUGGAGAGGUCGCCCAUCAGACCCUAUCGGUGGAUGCCAACGACACCAGCGUUUUGGUCGCGACGGAUGGCGCUGUCGUUAAUGUAUCCUAUACCGACAUCAUCAAGCAAGGCUACUCGACCUGGCUCAACCAGGCGAGCUUCUUUGGAGUCAACGCCGCCAUCAAUGUGGCCAACGCCUCCACGGCCUAUAUCGAUCAUAGCAACAUCACCGUGCACAAUGGCGCCGCCAACGUUUAUUCCUAUGGUACCGGGUCGACCGUCUAUGUGAGCGACACGGACCUGUACAGUUCGGGCCCUGUGUCUCACGGCCUUUAUGCAAGCGGGAAAGGAACCAUCUAUGGCUCCAACCUGCGACACUAUUCCGGUGGCGAGCGCUGCUCUUCCUUCUCGGGGGACAAUCCGGCUGGGUAUAUCUAUGUCACCGAUGCCGUCGCUCACACGGCCGGAAUCGGCAGCGCCAUCUUCUACACCCUGGGGGAGAGCUAUGGCAGGGAUGUCGUGGGAAAGGCCGACCAAGCGCCCAGUCUCUUCUCCGAUGGCGCGCAGACCUCCGUCUUCAAGAAUGUCGACUUCACGGCCGGUCUGCUGGCCGGGACAGUCAUGUUCUCAUCCUCAACGAGGUCCAGCGGUGCAUCUCUGACAUUCUCCAACUCCCGCCUGACCACGCUGGGCGACGACAUGCCCGCCCUCUGGUUCGGGAAUCUGAUCGCAUCGGCCACGCUCCAUGCGACCGAGCUAAACACCACUUCGGGCAUCCUGGUCAUUGCCAAUGCGUCCCAGAUCACCCAAUCCUUCGACCAUUUUGUCGGCUGGGAAGAGAAUGCGAGCAUCCAGCCCGCACAAGUCACCGUGUCCGUGACGGAGUCCUCGCUCAAGGGAGACAUCGUGGCCUACAACAGCAGCUCGAUCUCCUGGAACUUGGCAGAGUAUUCGAGCUGGACGGGAGCUGCAUCAUUUGGAAGAGGGACCGCAUACUUGGGGGUCGCGCUUGAUGCCACCUCCACCUGGACGCUCACGAGGAACGUCUAUCUGCAAAACUUCACCAAUGCCGACACCACGAACGGUAACAUCCAGAGCCAGGGAUACAACAUCUACUACAACGCGUCCUCCUCUAGUAACGCAUGGCUCAAGGCCACAAACACGUCGCUUCCGGGUGGGGGACGGUUGCAAUCAUACUAGUCGAUCCAUUUCUGCCUGACAGAGUGAUGACCGACGCUCGGGGCUGGGCUGCGCGGGAUUGGCAUGGAAACUCCUUUUUCGUGACGAGCAGGUGUGACGAGAAAUAUGAUUGGUGGCUCAUUUAGGGAACAUGUAACUAGUGCCAAUGGCCGUGACUCAAUCAAAUCAACCACGUUUCAUCGUCCAAUAAAACUUUUGAGCAUGCCUAGUGCGUAGUAAGGCAUAUGCAGAUGUCCAAUGCAGGGCUAGCGGUUGAUGAUGGCCUUGAAACCGGUUGUCUCCAACACAGUCCUACUCGCCCACUCGGGCAUGUCCAGAGUUUCCCGUCACACUACAGUGACU